AUGGAGAUGGAAAUGCCCUCGGUGGCCGCUUUAGCCGGCGCAAGGCUGCUGGGCGAGAUCGAAGAGACGAACCUGGACGAGAUACUGUAUGCUCUCCGCAUAGCGAUUGAUCCCGAUGCGCCAACAAACAAAUCGAAGCAUCCAAAGUCAUACCCCGUUCCUGGACUUGACGAUCUUGUCCAACGGAAUUUUCGUGCAACAAAGUCUGCUCCAUUGGCUGUGACCGGCCGCCAACUCCUGCUCGUCUACGCACUCGUCUCGGCCCUUUUGUCACAUCCACAUAACAAGACGGUACUGAUCCUCGAUACGGAGCACCGUUUCGACGCAACUCGCAUCCUUGGUGACCCAGAUGACCUGCGCCACGCCUACGUGCAUCGCCCAGCUCGCCGGAGCACCACUGUUGAUAGCCGCAGCGGCGGAAGCGGGGGCGGAGGCGGUAGUAGCAUCGGCGCGGAGCAAAUCCGGGAGCUCGUCGCCGCUGCGGAGAAUUGGAUGCUCUACGGCGGACACCACAGCGGCGCCCGGGAAUGGUGGGGAACCAUAGUCAUCGGCGCACUCGGGGCCGGCGACGUGACUGCCGCCUGGAAAGGAUGGCUGCGCGUUGACCGCGAGUACGUCCCGGGAUUCUCCCUCGGCUGCAGCGCGACGGAGGCUGUGAAGGACCGCCAGCAACGCCAGGAAGCCGUCGAAGCUGCGUCGUGGGCUGCCUCUUCGCAGUGGGGCAGUUUCACAUUCACAGAAUCUCACUCUAGCACUACGACGCCCGAUGCCAGGGAUCCGAGGCAGUCGAAGCGUGUCACUGGUACCGACCGAUAA